AUAUAUAUAUAUAUCAUAUAUACGUCGAGUACAACGUGGCACGAAAGAAAUUUUUUCAAUGGCUGAAAGGUUUGGCAAGGUUCUCUCGUGCGUUCCGGGCUACAAGAGGAGAGAUUGCCAACGCGCGCCGAAAGAGGAAAGAGCAAGGGGUUAGGGAGAAGAAGGAUGUAGAGAGAUGACGUGAGCGUGUGAGCGCGUGCCCGCGCGCGCGCACUCGUUUGAGAGAAGAACCAGCUAGGAGUUGGCCGCUCUCGAACCCGAAAGAGAAGAGGGUUGGAAGUGGAAGGGGAGCGAGAGCGAGUCUAGAGCGCGAUGUCGUACCUUGACCAAUCUCAACAAGACUUGUUUUAAGCUAUGCCAAGCCAAGCGACGACCUUAGAAACGACUCGCUGAUCGCAUCGAAACCGAAAUGGCAAAUGGAAAGGAGAAGAGGCGUGACUCUUCUUCUCUUUCUCUUUCUUUCUCUUGCACAAAGAGUCACUUGGUUUCUUUCUUUUCUUUUUUCUUUCCUUUUUAUUUUUUAUUUUUUUUUAUUUUUUUAUCGACGUACCGAAACCCUUCUAACAUCGACUCGAAAGCAACCGCAGAAAUAAAUUCCUUUUUCUUUUUUAGACAAGUUAAGCAUUAUUUAAAUGUAUUAUUGAAUUAUUCACGAAAUGUAAACGAGGAUGUGUUACAAUUAUAGAAUUUCUAAGUAUAUAACCAGCGUGUUAUAUCUUUUGUGUAUGUAUUAUGUAUUAGAAAUACACACGUGUCACGUUACAAUCAUGAGGUAAGUUCGAAAUGGAUAAUCAGAUGAGCUAGAGAAAGCUAGAUGCGACUUAACGAACAUUUGGCCUUGAAGAAUCUCUAUGUCAUCUGCAUCGAAUGUCAAAUAUCGUGGCACGUGGGCCGAGAGGUAGCUGACCUUUAAAUCCUCUCUUCUUGCCCUUUCUAUCUGAAGAUGAAAGCACUCUAAAGCUUGACCCGCUUUUGUAACGACACAUUUUCUACUUUUUCUAGUCAUUUCGAGUUUCUCGUAUAAUGUAUAUACAUAGCUAUUAAGAUUUAUCGAUCAUUUUUCUUUGUAUCUUUUCCCUAUCGACUGUUGGUUUAUCGUCUUGAAAAUAUUUUUAAAUAUACACGAUGAGUAGUAGCUCAUUCGAUAUUUAAAAGCAUUGCAUUAUUGACUUCCUGUGAUGGGUCAUCUAGCAUUAAUUUCAUUCGCAUUUCGUACGUGCAUGUAAACAGUUUUGUAUACAUUAUAUAUAGUAUGAGGUGAAUCGAUGUAAGGAUAAUGAUUUCGCGUGACUUCUUAUGCGUUAAAUUCUCCGUGUGCCUACGUGUAUAGGAUAUAUUUUUAAUUUAUAAAUCGUGAAGGGGUAUCAUUGAAAUUCUCUUACUUCAGUAUUAAUUUGUCUUUAAAACGGUUCACUAGUUCUUAUUAACACUUCUUGGCACGUUCACUUUGUGUACUUUAAAACAACGAACAUUUUAAUAUAUCUAAUUAAUUCUUCUCACAAUUUCUCGAAUUUUUACAACGUAUCACAUUAAAUCAUAUAUUACAAUAUGAAUCGACACUUCAAAUACAUUCGUUAUAUUUUUAAUUCAACGUUUCGAAGAACAUUUGAUAAAAGAAAUGUUAGAAUGUUAACCACGGAUAAACAAAUAGAAAUGCCAUCUUAUCAACAUACACCAUCCGUUUAUACGGGACCAAGUUACGAUAGUUUAAAAGCAGCACACGAGUCGAACAUAUCACCUAGUUUAAAAAUGUAUUAUAAAAAGCCAUUGUUAUUAUACGAAGGACGGAAUCAAUGGCUAUGGGGUCAUGAUGGUAAACGUUAUUUAGAUAUGUUCGGUGGCAUCGUUACCGUUUCUAUAGGCCAUUGUCAUCCAAAAAUCGUAGCUGCGAUAUCGGAUCAAGCGAGCAAACUUGGUCAUGUCUCAGCGCUUUACAUGCAUCCUCGUUUAUACGAAUACAGAGAAAAAUUAGCUGCCAAAUUACCAGAAAAGCUUGGAGUUAUCUAUCUCGUCAAUAGUGGUUCCGAAGCUAACGAAUUAGCAUUUUUAAUGGCAAGACUUUAUACUGGCGAGCAGAAUAUUCUUUCAUUGAAGAAUUGUUAUCACGGUGGAACUCGUGAAACUUCGGCAACGAACGCUUUAAGCACGUGGAAAUAUGCAAUUCCUCAGCCACCCGGUCAUAUACAUGUAUUUAAUCCAGGCUUACAGAAAUAUCUUUCUUGCGAUUCGAAAUGUAAAGAUUGUUCUGUGGCGGGUGUAAAGGAUACGUGUAACUGCAGCAAUGACGAAUGUGUCUUAUUUCAAAAAUAUGUGGAGGAAUUUGAAGAUACUUUUCGAUACAGUUUACCAAAGAAAGGAGGUGUUGCUGCUUUUAUCGCAGAAAGCAUUCAAGGUAUCGGAGGCGUUGUACAAUAUCCACGGUUAUUCUUAAAGAAAGUUUAUGAGCUCGUUCACGAAAACGGUGGUCUUUGUAUAGCCGAUGAAGUACAAACUGGCUUUGGUAGAACAGGCGAUCAUUUUUGGGGUUUCGAAGGUCAUGGAAUUCAACCUGACAUAGUAACAAUGGCAAAGGGUAUUGCCAAUGGAAUUCCUCUCGGUGCUGUUGCGACUACUGCUGAAAUUGCUAGUUGCUUGAACAGAGCACUUCAUUUCAAUACCUACUCUGGAAAUCCAAUUAUUUGUGCUGCAGGAUCAGCGGUACUUGAUGUGAUUAAGAACGAAGAUAUGCAAAAAAAUGCCUUAAUUACGGGGACUUAUUUGUGUCAUCAAUUAAGUACUUUGACUCACGAAUUUCCGGAUAUCGUAUGCGACGUUCGAGGAAAGGGUUUUAUGAUAGGUGUAGAAUUGGCAGAAAAUAAUAGAACAAAAAAAUAUAUCAAAGAGAAACAUAUGUGCGACAUAUUCGAAGAUAUCAAAGAUAUGGGUGUACUUGUUGGGAAAGGUGGAUUAUCUGCGAAUGUUUUAAGAAUAACACCACCGAUGUGCGUUACGAAGGAAGAUGCAGAUUUUACGGUGAAUGUUAUUAAAAGAGCACUGUACCGAUAUCGUAAAAAUCGUUUAUAUGAGAAAGAAUUGUAGUUUUGUAUAUGUAGAUUAUAUUUGAAGUAAUAAAAUAUUUCUUGGCAAUAUAUAUAUAUAUGCAUAUAUACAUAUCAUUUUGGAAAUUAUAUAUUGUUGAUAAUUUAUCGAUUGAAAUAUUUUAUCAUAGAUCGCACCUCGUAGAGCCAUCUUAAUUUUUAUCCUACAUUAGAAAGCGAUACUUCGCGAUGGCGGCGCCACUAGCAAUAGUCAAUUUCACACAAUACAGUAUUCCUUCUUCUAUAUUUUAUUUUAAUCUGAUGUGUCAUGGACUAUCACUGCAAAAUACGAAUGAGGUUAGCCUCGUGCGAGAAGCGUUGUAAUUGUCAUACGUAUUCAUAUCCAUGUAGGCAUUACCUUACAAAAAGUGUAAUUUACAAAGAAUUAAAAUGGCG